GCCUUAAAUGGAGCGCGAUUUCCGCCAAAGAUUUGGAAAUUGGUCCGUGCGCAAAGCAUUGUGGGGAUUUUAAGACCGCGGAGGAUACACAUGUGCAGCCUCAAAAUUUCUCGCAACGAAGGACGCCAGCCUCAGCAGAAUUCCAAGCAUCCUGGACAUUGGAACCGUCCUUCGGCGGGACUCGAUGACGUAGCAUCCUUGAAAUAGUGGCUCUGGAGCAGCCUUCCUUGACAUUGAGAAACACCCAGGAGGAGGGAAAAAUAUCCGCACACAAAUGACAUAAUGACCCAGGGUCAUAACAACACACUGAGUAUUCAGUCAGUGUGCAUAUCUGAAAAGGAGAGAAGAGCAUUGUUCACUCGCAGUCAACCAGUUGUGGGAAUCCCCCCUUCGAGAGGGGAGUCUGGGGAAUCCCUGUGUGUGCAGUGUUCAGGCUACUGAGGAGCAGGUGUUGCCGAGAACUGUGAAAACAACACAACCCUUUCUCUGUCAUACAAUUCUUAAGAGGCAAUGUAAAUUGGGUUGUUUAAUUCAAAUAGAAACUUGUGUUGCUGUGAUAGAGGUCCAGAACAAGCAUAUUAUCCUUUUCAAGACGUCAUGGUUACAGCUGCUAUAAUGUGAUUUAGUAAACUGACCUCAGGACUGUUCAUUUAUUGUACUUUACUUUAGUAUACCCAUGUUUUCGGAUUUCUCUAAUUACUUGUUUCUGCAUUACACUUAUUUGCAGCUAUACAGUUACUGAUUUAUUUGUAUUUGAAUAUUAUUUUACUAACAAAACAUACACUUAGUUUUUAAGCAACAUGUUGCUUUAGAUUAAAUUGAGUCAAAUAAUCCAAUAAUAUAAUAGUAUAUUUUACUUCUUCUCAUAAGUAGCCGUUACUUUAACUUAUAACAACUUCAAAUACAGUUUGCUUAUAUUUCACCUAUUCUAAAAUACACAAAUAUAAUUUAAGUUGACUAUUUGUCCACUCCGGUGUUUUACUUGUAUGGUAUUUUUUCCAACACUGAUAUUUUGUUCUUAAAGUUUAAAAUACUUCUCUGGAAAAUCACCACUCUGGAUUCGCUGUGGAUGCCUUUGCAUUUACAGGAAAUGGUCAUCCCUGACCUAAAAUAAAAUUCACGGAGGAAAUCCCCUCUCUCAGCUCCACCUAUGCUCCACCCUCACAAACAGUCUAACCGUUUAUAGUUAGGAGGGGAGGACAGAGCAGACACACUGUGACCGUGGAGAGAGAGACAACAUGCUGGGAACUAAGAUGCAUCUACUGCUGCCGAUACUGCUUCUGGGUUUCAUGGUUAUGAACUCUGCUCAGCUACAAUGUGACCCACUGACCCAGUAUGCGAAUGUGAAUGGCGAUUGCUGCAAAAUGUGUGGUCCAGGGACCAGAAUGUCUUCCUCCAGCCUUUGUCAAGAUCCUGGAUGUAAAGAAUGUCGGGACAAUGAAUAUCAGGAUAAAUACACAAAUAAUACCAAGUGUGACCGUCAGCGCUAUUGUGACCCAAAUAUAAACUUCCAGGUUAUUGUCCAUAAGAGCAAGAAGGAGCGCAGCACCUGCCUGUGUCAGGAGGGGUUUCACUGCUCCAGUGCUCAGUGCAUCACCUGUGUGCCACACACCACCUGUACACCUGGAGAUGGGGCUCUAUUCAGAGGCAACCAUACGCAGGACACAGUUUGUCAGAAAUGCCCAGAAAGCACAUUCUCCAAUGACAGCUCUUGGGAUGGUCCCUGUAAGCAAUGGACAGAAUGUGAGAGUGGAGACCAUAUUCAACAAAGUGGAACAGACGUAUCUGACAAUAUCUGUGGGGCAAAUCGGAAUCAUCACAUUUUGAUCGGUGUUAUUGUUCUUUUAGUGCUUCUUGCUGCACUUGGAGUUGUGCUUUGUAUAGCUUAUAAAGGUCAACGAGAUGAUGCAAGAGGAAAGGGCUGUUUUCAAUCGUGUUGGGGAGAAAAUAGGGAGCUGCUGAGAGAGACCACAGUUGACAUGACACAGCCGACUGCAGAAGAAGAGCUGCUGUCCCACCCGCAGGAGGAGGGCGCCGGAGUACCCGAGGAAAACGAGGAUCAUCCGAGCUACGAGAAUGCAUCAGAUGGCCUUUUCUCUGAUAAUGGAAACGUUGUGACUCAAGACAUUGGGAUCUCGUCAAAACUCUCCCGACAGGAAUCUCAACCACACACACUGACAGGCGAUCCACCGCUGCUGAACUCAGAUAGUAGUUGAUUAUUUGAAGUUAGGAUUGUUGAGCAUUGUUUCCCCAUUUGUACAUAAUUCACUCCUCUUCUUAAUAUGUAUAUAGUUGCCUUUAGUGUUAGAAAUAACUUGUAAUGAUUACAUUUUAGUGUCAAAAUACUAAAAGUGUGGCACACUACAGUAUUUUAAUUAACAAAGUAGCCAUUUUUAGCCAAGUGUUUUGUGGUCAUUUCUCUGUCUUUAUAUUGUGAUGUCAUCCGCUUAUUUGCAAAUUCACAUCUUUUUUUUGCACAACUCAUUAUGAUAAUAAUUGUGCAUUGAAUCGGCAUGUUCUUUUAAGCGUUUUACUUGCAUUAAAAAUGUUUGACACAAUCAGAGUUUCACGUUUUGUACAGUUAAGUGUGUCUGGUCUGUCUUAUGAAUGGGGUCUUAAAAGAAAUCCCAUAAUGCCUUGUGGUGAUAUAGCCUGUAGCCUAUGCUAAUGCUAUGUGCGACACCUUGAGCCCAAUCCUUUUUGCCUAAAUGUGUGUGAAGUUCAAAAUAAUGCUACAUUAAAAGUAUGCCGAGUCAUCUGCAAGCUG